AUGAAAUCCUCGAUCGCUUUGGCAUUAUUCUGCCUACUGUCCAUGCAUUUUGGUUGCCCUACGGCCAAGCCUGCCACCGACGAUGAAGAAAUCAAAGACGUCAAAGAGUAUUUGAGGCGAUUUGACAACUUGGAUGUCGACCAGAUACUAUCGAGCGAUCGCCUAUUGGACAGUCACAUCAAAUGUUACCUCAACACGGCUCCGUGUAUUCCUAUUGCCAGAGAUUUGAAGAGUGAGUAUAUAUUACACGUACCUACUACAGAAAUCAUAUUUUAUUAAAUUAUUACUCCUAAUUCUUCUUCUUUCCUCGAGGUCCAUUUCGACGAUAUACAGCCAUCUUUUCCUGAGCCGACCUAGGCUUGGCCGAGCUCGGUUAUUUUCCCAAUGAUUUCCAAUNGUAAUACGUAUACUUUGUGUGAUUUAAAAAUAACAAAAUUAUUUUCUGUUGUUCAGGAGCUUUGCCGAUCGUGGCUUCUAACGGAUGUAAAGAUUGCAACGAUAUACAAAUUAAAAACAUCAAGAAAGCUCUCGCCUAUGUGAAGACGAAAAGAGCCCCGGAAUGGACUCAAAUGGUCGCAUUGUACGACCCGACGGGAACAAAUCUCAGCAAGUUCCUCACAGACUAA